AUGGCUCAGUCUAUCCCUCAAUACACUAACCUGAGCAAUAUUCCUGCACCCCUCCUAUCUCGAUCUUGGAAUGAGAAGAUAGUGCUGGUGCAGGUGUUGGUGGGAAUUUUCCUCUACGUGAACUGCCUCAUGAUAUGCACCUUCUUCAAAAAGGAGGCCUUUCGAACCGACACUCGCUACAUUUUGUUUGCGCAGACAUUGAUCGCAGACUCUGCCCUCAUGGUGUUUACAGACUUGGCUCUGAUUGGGAGUUACUUCCAGAUCCCAGUCCCCUGUAUUCCCUGUGUGAUAAUGUGUACCAUCAUGGCUUGGCUCACUAUCGGCACACCUCUGACCCUGGUGGCAAUGUGCCUGGAACGCUAUGUGGCCAUCUGCAUGCCUCUGAGACAUGCCAGCAUCUCCACCACUAGAACCAGGCUGCUAGGCCUUGUCCUCAUCUGGUGUCUCUCAGCAAUACCUGCUCUGAUUAUACUCAUUGCAUUUGUCUCCUCUGUUCCUCUCAGCAUUUAUACCUCAUACAUGGUCUGUAGUGUGGAGAUGAUGAUGAUAUACAAUUGGCAAGUACAGAUCAGAGCAGGAUUAUUUCAGUUUUACUUCAUAGUCAUGUCUAUUACCAUAGGCUUCACCUAUGUUAAAAUCAUGGCAGCUGCCAAAGGAGCUUCAAGCAACAAGAAAUCUGCCUCCAAGGGUCUCAGGACUGUGGUUCUUCAUGCCUUUCAGUUGCUCCUCUGUUUGAUUCAACUGUUGUGCCCUUAUGUAGAGAUGGCUGUUUUUAAGAUUGAUUACAUGCUGUUUAUUAAUGUGAGGUACUCCAAUUUCAUUGUGUUUAUAUUAGCACCACGUUGUCUGAGCCCACUGAUAUACGGUUUGAGGGAUGAAAAGUUUUUUCUGGUGUUGAGAUACUAUGCAGUUUUUGGUCUGAAUAAAAAAGACUUCUAUUAUUGCAAAUUCUGUCCACUUCAUCUUAAAAAUGAGAAAACGUGGCCCUUGAACUGUAUAUAA